AUGGAAAUUUAAUUAGCUUAGAAUGAACCUACUAAAUAUGUUGAGGAGGAAGUUCUUUGUUAUGGAGAAAAUGGAAUACAAAGAAAAUUAGUUAGGAGACCUUUAACAAAGGAAAAUUAAUAAAUGGGAAAUAACUUAAAUGAAGUUGAUUAGGAUGGAAAUAGAAUUUUAUCUAGAAAAAUAGUUGAUAAUUCUUAAUCAUUUAAUUAAGUUCAAAAAGAUUGGUAAAAAGGGUAAAAUGGUGCUUUAGAAAAGAUAAUUUCAUAAGAAGAGCCUGAGCAAUAUGUUGAAGAAGAAAUAAUAAUAAUAAAAUCCAAAAACAGGCAAACAAGAGCGUAAAUUGGUUAGAAGACCUUAUGA